AUGUCCUCCAAAGCAAAGCCCACGUCUUCCCAGUAUGCGCCCCUUUCGCUACACGACGAUGGCGAGGGCUCCAGCGCAACUGUUGAGAAGCGCUCCUCUGAGGACGACCACUCUGCCUCCUUGCUCGAAGGCUCGGAUGAAUUUUCCGCGCUCGGGCCAUCCAAGCCCGCCCAGCUGCCCAAGCUUAUUAUCUACUUCUCUUUCGCUUUAGCGCUGUUAUCAGCUGUGAACAUCGCUAUCCUUCCUACUACACUAUCAAAGUACCAAGCCUACCCCUUUUCUGACUCUGAACUCGAGGCCCUCCCCUAUGGCGACGCUAGGCUGGGAUUGGAAAGGGUAGCGAAUUUCAUCCUCCCUCCCCAGGUCUAUCACCACGCUUGGCCAGAUAGAAUUGCACGGGUGAGCCGGAGAUUGAAGAAUGCCGUGUGGGGUCAGGAGGUGCAGGUCUAUAUUACUGUCGAGGUGCUGACGCAAGAAAAGGACUCAACAAUUAUGCGCUUUCCCAUUCCCUCCACCGGUCUCAACACCUGCGCGCUCUCCUGGCAGCCGCCUCCCGAGUUCUCUGCGCGUACCAAGGACCUCACAACCAAAGGAGAUAUAACGGAAAUUGAAGUCUGGCAGCUUAUCGCACCCUCGGCCACCUCGGCCAACGUCUCGUCCAAUAUAGACGAGCUCAACUAUGACACCUUAUCGUAUUCGACUCUUCCCGUGCGCGGAGAGCUGCUCGGCGUGCUAGACCUCACAGCCAAGCCGAACAGCACAACACUGGAGUUCGCCUGUCCCAGCGGGGCAGAGAGUCUGGUGGUGGAGAUGAGAUUUGGGUUUAAGUUGGUGAGAAGAAGGGAAUGA